AUGUCCAAGUCGUCGUUCUCACGCCGGAUAGCCCGGUCACUACAACAAACACAGUCAGUCUGCUCGAGUUGCGCUCGGACCAGAAGAUUUCAGUCCACGACCAGUGCCUCCAGACCUUCUUCAGAUCCAGCCUCGGAGCUCGACAGCAAUCCGUCUCUGCUCAAUACCGACGCUGCAGAUGCGUCGACCUACAACCCAGUCAUACGCGCAAAGAGUCGGCCGGCGCAAUUACCUAAAAGCCGCUACAACUACCGCUCCCCUCGCUACUGGCAUGGGCCGCUCCAUCCACACCAGCCUCCGCCCGCCAACGAUCCUUCAUCUCGCGAAUACGUCCCCGGCCCAUUCUCCUCUCCACGCCUCGAACAAACAUACCAUCGCGUCCUUGCCGCCGACUUCAUGACAAUGUGCUACCAGCAUACACCUCCUGGCUUCAAGCCUAUGGAAAAAGGUCCUCGAUUACGCAGCUGGGAAGGCGACAGCCCCUACUUCAAGAAUCGACCAUUACGAGGCCCGCGAGGCGGCGAUGUGCUACGGUUACUACGACAUCCAAUCGUGCCCAAUAACAUCCCACGCCUCAACCGCGUCACUGUACAUGCAUUCAUCAAAGCCGCUUUGUCGAGAGGCUCCCCACCUCUCCACACCGCCGGUCUGCUCGUGCAGAGCAUCACGAACCAGCGCGCUGUGAUUCAUAAGGCGAAAACCGGCGUCUCGCAAUGGUCACUCGUUCCAGGGAAGCCAGUCUCCAUGACCGUGGAUCUGCGAGGCGAGGACAUGUGGCAUUUCAUUUCGAAAUUAAUCACCAUUGUGCUCCCACGGAUCAAGGACUGGCGAGGUAUAAGAGCGACCAGUGGGGAUAGCUCCGGCAACCUGAUGUUCGGAAUGGGACCUGAGACGGUGGCGCUGUUUCCCGAGGUCGAGACGAACUAUGACAGCUACCCGACAAAGAUGAUACCUGGCAUGCACAUCACAAUGCAUACUACUGCGACUACGGACAAGGACGCGAGAAUGCUGCUGCAACAGAUGGGCGUCCCGUUUUGGGGCAAGAUUGUGGACUAA